GCAGCAGCGGGGAUGGACGUGUCUGGGCAGGAGACCGAUUGGCGCAGCGCGAACUUCCGGCAGAAGCUGGUCAGCCAGAUUUAAUCUCUAGGGAGAGGAUAUGCAAAUGUACCCCGUCCAGUUAUGUAAGAAUGCAGCCGUUUGAAGCUUUGCCCUGAGGAGGGGACCUUUGUCUGCUGAUCAUCUUUUAUGCGAGGACAAGAUCAGAGGCCCAAACUGUAUAAAGGAGUGACUCACAGAUUCAUGGAGUGAGGAGGCCAUGAGGAAGGCUGGUGUAGCCCACAAUAAAUCCAGCAAAGAUAUGGAGAAUCAUGUUUUUAUGAAGGCCAAAACUCGGGAGGAAUAUCUUUCUCUUGUGGCCAGACUUAUUAUCCAUUUUCGAGACAUUCACAAUAAGAAAUCUCAGGCCUCCGUCAGUGAUCCCAUGAAUGCACUGCAGAAUCUAACAGGCGGCCCCCCAGCAGGAGCAGCUGGAAUGGGCAUGGCUUCACGAGCUCAAGGAGCACCAAUGGGUGGGAUGAGUGGACUUGGGCCAAUGGGCCAGCAGAUGAGCCUUCCAGGGCAGCAACCUCCUGGAACCUCUGGGAUGGCCCCCCAUGGUAUGUCUGGUGUCUCUGCAGCUACUCAACAGACCCAGCUCCAACUGCAACAGAUGGCGCAGCAGCAGCAACAGCAGCAGCAACAAUUUCAGCAGCAACAGGCAGCUUUGCAGCAGCAGCAGCAGCAGCAGUUCCAGGCGCAGCAGUCGGCCAUGCAACAGCAGUUCCAGGUCCAACAGCAGCAGGCGGCAGCAGCGGCCGCUGCACAGCAGCAGCAGCAGCAGCAGCUGCAAGCAGCCCAGCAGCAGCAGCAGCAGCACAUGCUCAAACUGCAGAUGCAGCAGCAGCAGCAGCAGAAUCAGCAGCAGAUGCAGCAACAGCAGCAGCAACUACAGCGAAUUGCUCAAAUGCAGUUACAGCAGCAGGCAGCUCAGGCUAUGCAGGUGCAGCAGCAGCAGCAACAACAACAACAACAACAAAUACCACCGCAACAGAUACAGCAGCAGCCAUCUCAGCAAGUCAUGCAGCAGCAGAUGCAACAGCUGCAGCAACAACAACAGCAACAGCAGCAGGUUGCUCAGGCCCAACAGUCUCAGCUUCCACCACAGUCGCAGCCCCAGCCCAUGGUCUCUCAGGCACAGGCAAUCUCAGGACAGAUCCCUAGUCAGGUCAUGUCUGUACCUUUUACCCAGCAGCAGUUAAAAGCCAUGCAGGUAAGAGCUCAACUGGUGCAGCAGCAGCAGCAGGCAGCGGCAGCAGUCCAAGCGGCUCAGGCCCAGGCUGCUCAGAUGGGAGCUUCAGGGCAGAUGAUCACCGCAACUAUGGCCAGAGGUGGGAUGCAAAUAAGACCACGGUUCCCGCCUACCACCGCUGUAUCUGCCACGCCUGCAAGCUCCAUUCCUUUGGGCGGACAGCAAAUGCCACAGGUCAGCCAGAGCAGCAUUACCAUGAUGUCGUCUCCGUCACCUGUCCAGCAAGCGCAGACACCCCAGUCAAUGCCACCACCUCCUCAGCCACAGCCAUCACCUCAACCAGGGCAGCCAACUUCUCAGCCAAACUCGAAUGUCAGCUCCGGCCCAGCCCCAUCGCCCAGCAGCUUCCUCCCCAGUCCAUCUCCUCAACCAUCCCAGAGCCCAGCAGCUGCACGAACACCACAGAACUUUAGUGUCCCAUCUCCAGGUCCUUUAAACACUCCAGGAAAUCCAAACUCCGUCAUGAGUCCAGCAAGCUCCAGCCAGUCUGAAGAGCAGCAGUACCUGGAGAAACUCAAACAGCUGUCAAAGUACAUCGAGCCACUUCGGAGGAUGAUCAAUAAGAUUGAUAAAAAUGAAGAUAGGAAGAAGGACCUGAGUAAGAUGAAGAGCCUCUUGGAUAUCCUGACUGAUCCUUCAAAACGAUGCCCUCUGAAGACUCUACAGAAAUGUGAAAUUGCUCUGGAGAAGCUCAAGAAUGACAUGGCUGUGCCCACGCCUCCACCUCCACCAGUGCCCCCUACCAAACAGCAGUACUUGUGCCAGCCACUUUUGGAUGCUGUCUUGGCAAACAUUCGUUCACCAGUCUUCAACCAUUCCCUCUACCGUACCUUUGUGCCAGCUAUGACUGCGAUACAUGGCCCUCCAAUCACGGCCCAGAUGGCUUCCCCUCGAAAGCGUAAAUAUGAAGAGGAUGAAAGGCAGACCAUACCAAAUGUAUUACAAGGGGAAGUCGCAAGAUUAAAUCCUAAAUUCCUGGUGAAUCUGGAUCCCUCCCAUUGCAGUAAUAAUGGCACAGUCCACCUCAUAUGCAAGCUAGAUGACAAGAACCUUCCAAAUGUCCCGCCACUACAGCUCAGUGUUCCAGCUGACUAUCCAGAUCAGAGCCCUCUGUGGAUAGACAACUCUCGACAAUAUGCAGCCAAUCCCUUCUUGCAGUCAGUGUAUCAGUACAUGACAUCAAAAUUGCUGCAACUUCCAGACAAGCAUUCAGUCACAGCACUCUUAAACACCUGGGCACAAAGUAUCCGUCAAGCCUGCCUCUCUGCUGCAUAACUUCCUUCCCUUGUGAAAUCAUGAAGCAAAGAAAUUGGGUCUCGACAGCUGGCCUCUCCCAUGGCCACUGGAAGAAUCACAGGCAUUUUGGGAGGGAACUUCAGAAGAAAAAGCCUUAUACUGUUUUGUUUCUAGGUGCCAGGUUCAAUAGGGAACCUGGUGUUAGAUUUAGAUUUCAUGCUUUUAUCUUCUGCCUUUGUGGACUUUGCCAGCAUUUUCACAUAUACAGAACAUGUAUAUAUGGUUCUUGAGACUGAUGUAUUAGGAGGGGCUUUUAUUGUCUUCUUAGAGAAGAAAUUAUUUGUAGACUUCCAUCAGGGAGUCUGAAUGGUAUAGAAAGGAGAGGGGAGAAUGUCCUAAUUUGCUUCAGACUUUGCCUGAUGCCAGUAUUCCUCACACUCUGUAUGUUGUGUGACUUGAUAUUGCCCCAAGAAUAAAUUAGCUGCAGCUAGAAUGUGCUCACAAACUUCCCUAUGGUUGCAGGAGUCUGGUAAUUUAAUUUGGAGAAAGGGGAGAAAUCGGGGCCUUUUUAGGGCAUCCCUAAUGCGUCAGAUUAAUCUGAAUAAUUCUGUUUAGGAGGAAAACCAACCAUAGGAAAAAUUUUAUAGCUUAUUUUAAACACUACUUUGUAUAAACGGUUUUUGGUUAGCACGGACCAUGCAUUUCUCACUCUUAGAAAGUUGGAUGAUCUGAAGGAGGGGUAUUCAGUGUGCAUGCUGACUGAUUUCCCUGUGAACUCCAAGUGUGUGUGCAGGGAAAAUCAAUUGAUUGACUCAUAGCAGCACUGUAAAUGAAUCCAGCAGGCUGCAGCUACUUAUCUGCAUUUAUAUUUACCAGGGGAAUUGCAUCUUACCUGGCAUUUCUCUUGGGUGUUGGCUUCCCUGGGGAGUGAUGCAACUCAUGGGAAGUGUUUGCAUAUCCCACUCGCAUCUCUUUGUUUAAAAAAACUGAACAGAGCUCAGGUCUAAGACUGACAAUUGACCUUACGUGCCUUGGGCACUGAGGGACACCCAACUGUAAAAGUAUUACUGGUCAUCUCAGUUAGGAUCACAAGACUGAUGGCAGCUGCUGUGUUGUGAGGCAAUGCGAAUAAAGUAACUGGUUCCAUACACAGUGUGAUUACAUUUCAGUUUGCCCUAUCUUUGUAGUUCAUUCACUCUCAGUUCCUGCGUGUAAGGGAAUUUGAAAGUCUCAAGUAUUUCCAUCACACCCUGCUCCAUCCCCCAGUAUUGUGCAACAGUCCCUGACAAGUAGCUGGACUCUUACAGUGGUGUCAAGAAAUUGCUGUGACCUCUGUAAAUCUGUGUGGUGUCAUCAGUUUUAGGAUGUUUUAAAAUGUGGGUACUUAGUAAGCACUGAUUGAGGCAGCCGAGUGGUAUCAAUAUUUUGUACAUGAACUAAUGCAUUAUCUGUUUGUUUUAUCGUAAUAAAUUUAUUAUUAUUCCUGUG